GCCGCGUCCAGGCCCUGCGCGAGGUGCAAACCGGCGAAUGCAAAGGAAAUUGAAAAAGCCGUGCAGGAGGUGGGCAUGGUGCCGUAUCGUUGUACUGCAAUCGAGCUAGAAGCAGUGUGGCGCUGGACUAGCACUUUGUUCUAGAGAGUUCGCGAAGACGCAGGCCGGUGAGUGAGAGCGGGCAGUAUAGAGUGCAAAUAUUGUUACCAUGGAUGGGCAGAUUACGUGGUGUUUUUUCCUCUGGCUCCUAGGAGCUCUAAUUCCUUUUCAAGCAGAUUCAGUGGCUGUGAUGUCUGUAGACCUGGGAAGUGAGUGGAUGAAAAUUGCAAUUGUCAAACCAGGAGUGCCAAUGGAGAUUGCCCUAAACAAAGAGUCAAGGAGGAAAACUCCAGUAGCCGUGUGUCUGAAAGAGAAUGAGCGACUGUUUGGAGAUGGGGCAAUGGGCGUGUCGGUGAAAAACCCCAAAGUUGUGUUCCGGUAUUUCCAGGAUCUCCUUGGGAAAGAGCUGGGUAACCCUCUAGUUGAGCUGUAUCAGAAACGUUUUCCUGAGCACCAGCUAGUAAAGGAUGAGAGCAGAGGCACAUCACUGUUCAAGAUUUCAGAUGAGCUCCAGUAUUCCCCUGAAGAGAUCUUAGGAAUGAUUUUGAAUUACUCAAGAAAUCUUGCUCAAGACUUUGCAGAGCAGCCUAUUAAAGAUGCAGUGAUUACUGUCCCGGCCUUCUUCAAUCAGGCAGAGAGGAGGGCAGUCCUACAGGCCGCUCAAAUGGCCAAUCUGAAAGUCCUCCAGCUCAUCAAUGACAAUGCUGCCGUGGCACUAAAUUAUGGUGUCUUCAGGAGAAAAGACAUCAAUAGCACCGCACAGAAUGUCAUGUUUUAUGACAUGGGCUCUGGGAGCACUGUGGCCACAAUUGUGACCUACCAGACUGUGAAGACAAAGGAAUCUGGAACCCAGCCGCAGCUGCAGAUACGAGGGGUUGGUUUUGACCGCACUUUAGGUGGCUUUGAGAUGGAACUGCGCCUACGUGACCACCUGGCAGAGCUUUUUAACAAGCAGCAGAAGACAAGCAAAGACGUACGCGAAAACCCUCGUGCAAUGGCAAAGCUGCUAAAAGAGGCUGGACGUGUCAAAACCGUUCUGAGUGCCAAUGUGGACCACAUGGCUCAGGUGGAGGGUCUCUUAGAAGACUUGGACUUUAAAGCCAGGGUGACAAGAUUAGAGUUCGAGGCCCUGUGUAGCGAUUUGUUUGAGAGGGUUCCUGGUCCUAUACAGCAGGCACUUGAUGUGGCCGAGAUGACCAUGGAUGAAAUCGAACAGGUUAUCCUUGUAGGAGGAGCUACCCGUGUCCCCAAAGUCCAGGAGGUCCUCCAGAAGGCCAUUGGCAGGGAAGAGCUUGGUAAGAACAUCAAUGCAGAUGAGGCAGCAAGUAUGGGGGCAGUCUACCAGGCAGCGGCACUGAGCAAAGCUUUCAAAGUGAAGCCCUUCCUGGUCCGAGAUGCUGCCAUCUACCCUAUUCAGGUGGAGUUUUCUCGGGCAGUGGAGGAAGAGGAAGAAGGAGUGAAAAGCAUUAAACAUAAUAAGCGCAUCCUAUUCCAAAGAAUGUCUCCCUACCCCCAGCGCAAAGUUAUUACCUUUAAUCGUUACACAGAUGAUUUUGAAUUUUAUGUUAACUAUGGUGAUGUCAGUUUUCUCAGUGAGCACGAUGCCAGGGUGUUUGGAUCCCUGAACCUUACCACAGUAAAGCUGACGGGGGUGGGCAGCAGUUUCAAGAAGCACACUGAUGCUGAAUCCAAGGGAAUUAAAGCUCAUUUCAACAUGGAUGAGAGUGGUGUCCUCUACUUGGACAGAGUUGAGUCUGUGUUUGAGGCUGUAGUGGAAGAGAAAGAAGAGGAGUCUACAUUAACAAAGCUUGGGAAUACUAUUUCCAGUCUGUUUGGAGGUGGGAGAUCAGAACCCAAGGAAAAUGAAACUGAAACAGCCCAGGAGGAAGAAGAAAGUCCACCAGAAGCAAAAAAGGAAGAUGAUGAUGAUGGAGCCAAGAAAGCCAGUGAUGAUUCCCAGGAUGUUCAGGAGGAUGAGGCCAAGAGCGAAGGGGAGAAAGCAGAGGCCAAGGAAGGUGAAGAUGGUGAGCAACAGGAAGACAAGGAUCAGGCCAAUGGAGAGUCGAAACCAAAAGAGGAAUCAAAAGAAGAAACGGCAGAGAAAGAGGGAAGCAAGACGGAUGACAAGGAAACAGGCAUCAAGAACAAGCUGCCAAAAAAAUCUAAAAUCUCUGAAGAGAUUGGAGUGGAGCUGAUGGUCAAUGACUUGCUAGACCCAACUGUGGAACAAAUUGAACUUUCUAAAAAAAAGCUGCAGGACCUGACUGACCGAGACUUGGAGAAGCAUGAGCAUGAGAAAAUGCUGAACAGUCUGGAAGCCUUCAUCUUUGAGACCCAGGAUAAACUAUAUCAAGAAGAGUACCAGAACGUAAUCACAGAAGACGAAAAAGAUCAAAUUUCUGGAAAGCUGAGAGAGGCAUCCAGUUGGUUGGAUGAGGAAGGAUAUUCAGCCGCUACUAAGGAUCUAAAGGAGAAGCUGUCCGAGCUGAGGAAACUCUGCAAGUCUAUGUUUUUCAAGGUGGAAGAGCGACGGAAGUGGCCUGAUCGCCUUGCAGCACUGGACAGCAUGCUCAACCACUCCACAUUCUUUCUCAAGAGUGCCAGGAUGAUUCCAGAGGAUGAACAGAUUUUCACUGAAGUAGAGCUCAACACUCUGGAGAAAGUGCUCAAUGAAACAACAGCAUGGAAAAAUGAGACUGUUGCUGACCAGGAGAAGUUGUCGCCAACCGAGAAACCAGUCCUGUUGUCCAAAGAUAUCGAAGCCAAGCUGGGGCUCCUAGACAGAGAGGUCAAGUACUUGCUGAAUAAAGCCAAGUUUGCCAAGCCUAAACCAAAACCCAAAGAGAAGAGCAGCAACACCACUGCUGACCAAGAGAAGGUUAUUCCGUCCAAAGAGGAGCAGGUGGGAGAAGGCACAGAAUCUCCAGAAGAAGCAAAGCCAGCAGAAGAACCUCCCACGGAAGGAGGGUCUGCUGAUAAGAAGAAUGAGGAAAAUGACAGCUCCCCAGAGGCCACAACAUCCAAGGAGCCAGAUGGCAAAUCUAACACAGAAGCACCGGAAUCCCCCAAAAUAGACAGCCACUUGGAAGAUGAGCUCUAACCUUUGGAACAAUGGAGCCAAUUUGCUGUAUUUAUUGACAUUACUUUUUUGUAAUGUGCUGCUUUUUCUGUAAUUUAAGCCAGAAUGCAUCUGUGGUAUAGUCUGGAGAUAUGGAGAUGUAAAUUUCACAUUGGAGUGUGUGUGAGUGAGUGAGUGUGUGUGUGUGUGUGGCUGUCCAGUCCUUUUUAUUUUUUUUUUUGUAUGGUUUUGUUUUAAGCGCCAACCAACACCCCUAAAUGCACUUGACAACUAGACCUUCAUAUGUGGGACCCGCUUGAUACUUUGCAAUCCCAAAAUAUUGCGUUCCUUUUGUGUUUUUAGAGAGAGUGUGUGUGUGUGUGUGUGUUCGUGUUCUAAGGUGCUCUCCUGAAAAUCAAUUCUGUUCAUCUCCCUAUAAAAAAAAAAAAACAAAAAAAACAACCUUUGGGAACUCUGAAGGGCACAAGUCUGGGGCAGCAAGCACUUUUUGUGUGCAUUUUUAAACUCCCUAUAAAAAUUAAAUCUGGAGGUUUUUUUGUGAAUUUUGACUGACGUUUCUUCAUUUCAGACUACUGGGAUGGACGGGGUGUGUAUGAUUUCAUUACUAAGUAACACUCUAAAAUGGUGGAUGGCCUAAGAAACUGUUUUCAUUCAUACUAGGCUGUUGUGAUUGUACAGUUGGGUGCCAUGUUUAGAAUGGGCACUAGAGGGAGACGCUACGGCAAUCCCAUGCCAUCCUUUGGAUGAGGAAAGGUGUCCUCAUCUGAGUUUUUUUUUCCUCUUCCCCUUGCACCUGAUGUUGUAGAGAGAGGCUCUGGCAACCCUGAACACGGGGUACGAUAAUCCCAAAGUGUGGGAGUACGUCCAUUUAUUUUAUUGUAAAAGCAGCAGUGUGUCAGGUUCAAACAAGCGACUCCCCUCCAGACUUUGAGCACUGGGGUGAAUAGUGUGGGGAGUGCUUCUUCACUGCAAGAAAAUCUUUUUUGUUUUUUUUUUGUUUGUUUUUUAUACCCCUUCCCUCCUGAAGUGCUAACAUUUCUUAAUUGAAUGUUAAACUUUGAAAUGUGGCAUUCAUUUAAAGGUUUUCUGCCUCUUAUUACUGCCUGGGACGGCAGCCAUGAAUAGUAUGGUGAAAAGAAGUGUGACACAAAGGUCUGAAUGCAACUGGACAGGGUGGCCAUUACCUAACAACAGUGCUAUAUAGAAUAUUUGAAGUGGCUUUCUAGAAACUUGGAAGAAAUAUAAAAAUUAUGGGAACGGUGCACAGUUUUUUUGUGUUUUUUUUUUUUUAAAUAACGGCUAGCAAUGAUGUUGUAUCCAACCCACCUCAGUGCCUCAUUGUGUGUGUAUGUCCCUAAUUCCUUUUUUUGUUCUCUUAAGCAUCACAGAAAGGACUAUUUCUUUUCUAACCUCUUAAUAAAGGUUUUUUUUUUCCACUUUA